AGCAGUCGCAGGGCACGGCGGUGACGGGUCAGGCUCACACCGAGGAUCCCUCCAGCUCCGCUCCAGCGCCAACCGGAGAGACCUGAGGAGCUCCAUGUGAUCAGGGCAUCGACGCCAUGGCUUACAAACUGCGCCGGCCGGCCCUGUUCGGCUGCGACAGCGGACUGGGCGCCGUCCUGGGGCGGUAUUACCCACACCAGACGCGUGUGAUGGAGAUGGGCGUCGCUGCAGACUACGCUGCCGCCAAUGGCUCGGCCAUGGACAAGGCGGCCAAGUCGCCCAAGACGGUCAACUUCGAGCAGGGUGACGACCCGGCUGACGGCCGGAAAAAGUACCUGACGGCCAAGUACGGCAGCCACCAGAUGGCGCUCAUCAGGAAACGGCUCACGGUCGAGAUGUGGCUGCUCGAGGAGAUGGCCAAGCUGUACAGGAUCGGGGAGUCGUCCGCCGCCCCGGAGAAGGAGCUCGACCUGGACGAGCUGCUCGACAUCGAGGAGGACGGCCGGCGCCGGCUCUUCCUGCAGCACUUCCUCAGCGACGCGGCCGCGCCGCCCGACGCCGUCAGCAGAUUCAUCGACGAACUGCUGGUGCAAGCGAAGAAGCUUUGAUGGCGCCGCCCCGGUCGUGUGUAGACCGGAGGCUGGGCGCGUCAGCCGGAGCGCCGUCCCCGCUCCCGCCGCUGCGGCGCCGCGGCCCUGACCCCGGUCAAGGCCGGUGGGAUCUCAGCGCGGUCCGCUCGGCAGCCGUCCCCGGCCGGCACCUCGGCGCGUCGGCCGUCUGUCGGCUGGCGCCUGAAACGGGCCCGCCUGCCCGCGCGCUGCUGCGCCCUGUGACAAUCGGCGGCGGCCGCUCGGCGACGCGCGCGCCCUCUGCGGUGGCGCCACGCCCCAGCGCUAACUUUUGUCAUAGCGGACAUCGUGUCUAGUCUUUCUGCAGUCUGCUCUCACCGCGCCGUUGUUUUUAAAGCUUUUUACCGUCGGCCGAUGUUACCGUGCCGUUUUUUUGUGGCGCCGCCCUUGUUUGCCGCUCUCGGGAGCCUUUACAUCCCACCCGAGCGGCGCCCGGCCGCCGCGGGCGGCGCCGCGCCGUCCUGCCGCCCUGCCGGCGCGCGCGCGCGUCACGCUCUUCCGGAGCCGUUCUGUGAUGAGUCGGCGCCAUUCCGAUCUGCGCGUGCGGUGCGCGCCGCCCGGCCGCGCGCGCUUUCUCGAUUGCUCACGGGUCUUCCCUGGGGAUGGCCGACGCCCGGCCCGACGCGGGCCGCGGCGGUCGGAUCACACCCUGGCAGCGGCGGGGUCCGCCCUCCUUCCGCGCCGGCCCAUGUGUGUAUGUGUGUAUCAUCAUAAAUACACCUGUGUGACUAUACGUGG